AGUCAAUUAUGAAUCUCUUCCAUGCUUCCUAUUUAUAAGACUUUUGGGUGCCCAUAAAUUGGGGUAGCUAGUUCCAUACUUCAUUUCUUAACUUCUUUGACAAAGCACAAAAAAAAUAUUUCUUUCCAUUUCAUUUCUUCUGUUUAUCCUAAUUUUGUGUCGGUGUUAUGGCUGAUCAUUCAUCAAGCAAUGGAAACCAUGAAAUAGCUUUGAAUGUAAAUGAUGAUUCCUCCAAAAAUUGUGAAGAUAACACUGUGCCUCUUUUGCAAAAGUUGGUGGCAGAAGUGGUGGGGACAUACUUCUUGAUAUUUGCAGGAUGUGCUGCCGUUGUUGUAAACCUUGACAAUGACAAAGUGAUAACACAUCCUGGGAUUUCAAUUGUUUGGGGCCUCACUGUUAUGGUUUUGGUUUAUUCUCUCGGUCACAUCUCCGGUGCUCAUUUCAAUCCGGCCGUCACCAUCGCCCACGCGUCGACCAAAAGAUUUCCUCUCAAAGAGGUACCAGCUUAUUUAAUAGCACAAGUUCUUGGAUCAACUCUAGCAAGUGGAACACUUAGGCUUAUAUUCAAUGGAAAUAAAGAUCAUUUCCCCGGAACACUUCCGGCUGGUUCUGAUCUUCAAGCAUUUGUGGUUGAAUUUAUCAUCACUUUUUAUCUUAUGUUCAUCAUCUCUGGAGUUGCCACCGAUAAUAGAGCGAUUGGCGAAUUGGCUGGACUUGCAGUUGGGUCUACGGUACUUCUAAAUGUCAUGUUUGCUGGGCCAAUUACGGGAGCAUCAAUGAACCCUGCAAGAAGUUUAGGGCCUGCUAUUGUUCAUAAGGAGUACAGAGGAAUAUGGAUAUAUUUGGUGGCGACGACUCUUGGUGCCGUGGCCGGUACAUGGGCGUAUACUUUCAUUCGGUACACGAACAAGCCGGUGCGCGAAAUUAGUAAGAGUGCGUCUUUUCUUAGAGGAGUACAAAAUGGUGGAUCAAAGUGAUUUAUUAAGGAAUGUGGAAAGCUUUAUAUCUUCAAUUUCAAUUUUUGAAGAUCAUUAUGUGUUAUGGUUUAAGUGUAAGCAGAGUCUCUCUAGAGGAAAUGGCGUAACAUUUAUCAAUGCAUUAACUGUAAUAUUUAUGUUUUGUUACAAACACACACACACUGAAUCAAUUUUCUUAUCAACAAAUAAAUUGUAAAAGAGCUUUGGUGAAUACUUUGACGAAUCUCUGAUUCAUGCUCAGUCUCAUUUGAUUCAAAAGCUAACUGAUUAUAAGGGGUAAGAUUGGAAUAUAUAAGAUAGUUUGAAGUUG